UCGGAAUAAUUUACUCUUAUGAUUCUAUGCUGCAGUCCAAGGAUUCGUUCCUAAUCGAAAAACAGUACCUGAAGCAGGCCCUUGCACGUUGAAGAGUACAAUGUAUUUGGAUUUCUAUAUUCUUAAUGUGCUUGUUUUCGCGUAAUGUAGAAGGCGGAAGAAGCCGAGGAACAAUUGUGCUUGUUGAAGCGAAAUGGCUAGAAAAGAGUUGGAGGAGACAGUAAUUUGGAAUGAGCGUGUAGGGUUUUCUACGCCAGAACAGCCGGGAAGAGGAGAUAAUGGUGCAAACAUGAGUCUUAUAGAAAACGAUCAAGAUAACUAUGGUUCUCUUGACGAUGGUGGCGACGAGCUGGAUGCCGAACGAGUUAUUAUCAUCAACAAGCCCCAAGUUAGGCAAUAUUGCAAUAACAAGAUUAGCACUGCCAAGUACAAUUUUCUGACCUUUCUUCCCAAGUUCCUGUUGGAGCAGUUUAGUAGAUAUUCCAAUGUCUUCUUCUUAUUUAUAGCACUUCUACAGCAAAUAGAUGGAGUGUCCCCCACAGGACGUUACACCACUGCCGUGCCUUUACUCUUGGUCCUUUCUUGUUCCGCCAUCAAGGAAAUCAUUGAGGACUAUAAACGUCAUGCUGCCGAUGGCUUAGUUAACAAUCGCAGAGUCAAAGUAUUGCGAGAUAACACUUUGCAGUCACUGCUAUGGAUUGAGGUUCAAGUUGGAGACAUAGUCAAAGUAGUAAAUGGGCACUUCUUUCCUGCAGAUUUAAUUCUUCUAUCAUCAAGUGAACCCAUGGGCAUGUGUUAUGUAGAGACCAGUAAUCUUGAUGGAGAAACAAACCUCAAAAUACGACAGGCUUUGCCCCAAACUGCUAAGAUGACAUCACUGUUGGAUGUUCGAUGCAUGCAGGGGCGUGUCGAGUGUGAAGGACCCAACAACAGGCUGUAUGACUUUGUUGGCAACAUUGCUUUGACUGGGAAAAAGCCUGUCCCUCUCAGUGCUGACCAAGUUCUCUUAAGAGGCGCUCAGCUCAGAAAUACACAGUGGGUCUUUGGUCUUGUUGCGUAUACCGGGCAUGAUUCCAAGCUGAUGCAGAAUUCCACAGCUGCUCCUAUCAAGCGCUCAAAUGUUGAUCACACCACCAACAUCCAGAUUCUGUUCCUGUUUGGGCUUUUGAUGGCUCUUGCUCUCUGUAGCACUAUUGGCUUCUACGUCUGGGCAGGUGAACAUGAACAUGCCCAUUGGUACCUUGGAUAUGAAGAGCUCCCCCCACAGAACUAUGGCCUAACAUUCCUGACAUUCAUUAUCCUCUACAACAACCUGAUUCCAAUCAGUUUAACAGUCACGCUAGAGGUGGUCAAGUUCAUUCAAGCCAUUUUCAUCAAUUUGGACAUUGAUAUGUACUAUGCACCCAGUGAUACGCCAGCUAUGGCCCGCACAUCAAACCUUAAUGAAGAGCUAGGACAGGUUAAGUACAUAUUUUCGGACAAGACAGGCACAUUAACCAGAAAUGUCAUGGAGUUCAGGAAGGUCACAAUUGGAGGCAUUUCCUACAGUGGAGAAGGACAGUCAUUCUCAGACCCAGCAUUGCUUGACAAUCUAAGAGAGCAUCAUCCUACAGCAUCUGUCAUUCGAGAGUUCCUGACCCUUCUGUCUGUCUGCCACACGGUGGUGCCAGAGCGAGACACACAGAAUCCAGACAAGAUAAUUUACCAGGCUGCAUCGCCAGAUGAGGGUGCCUUGGUCAAGGGUGCUAAGAAAUUAGGAUUCUCCUUUAAUGUGCGGACACCUACCUCGGUCAUCAUCAACGCGAUGGGGAAAGAAGAAGUCUACGAGAUCCUCAAUGUGCUGGAAUUUAACAGCACACGAAAGAGGAUGUCCGUCAUUGUACGUACACCAGAAGGCAAGAUCAAGCUCUAUUGCAAGGGUGCGGAUACUGUGGUUUUUGAGAGGAUGCGAGAGAAUCAACUCUACCUGGAGACCACUGUCAAACAUCUGGAGGAGUUUGCCAAGGAAGGCUUGCGCACUCUGUGUAUCGCUAUGAGCGAGCUUGACCCAGAAGAGUAUUCUGAGUGGAGCAAGAUCUACUACCAAGCGAGCACAAGCCUGGAAAACAGGGCAGACAAGGUGGACGAGGCAGCUGAACUCAUCGAAAGGAACUUGUUCCUACUUGGGGCCACUGCGAUUGAGGACAAGUUACAGGAGGGCGUGCCGGAAAGCAUCGCCGCACUAGCAGACGCUGACAUUAAGAUCUGGGUGCUGACCGGAGAUAAGCAGGAAACCGCUAUUAACAUUGGAUACGCGUGCCGCCUGUUGACAGGAGAGAUGAAGCUACUCAUGUGCAAUGACGAGACCCUUGAUGGUAUUCGAGAGUGGCUGAAUGAGCAUCUUCGGAUGAUUGGUAGAAACGGAAUGUCCGCCAACCCCCAUCGCAUAAGGGAGGACCUGGCGCUGGUUAUCACAGGCAAGGUUCUGCUACAAGCUUUAACAGAUGAGUUGAAGCUGAAUUUCCUGGAUCUUGCGCUCUGUUGCAAGGCUGUUAUAUGCUGCAGGGUCUCCCCUCUUCAGAAGUCCCAGGUCGUUCGUCUUGUGAAGCAUCACGUAAAGGACUCUAUAACUUUAGCGAUUGGCGACGGUGCUAAUGACGUUGGUAUGAUUCAGGCUGCGCAUGUCGGAGUGGGGAUCAGCGGCCAGGAAGGGUUGCAGGCAGCCAGUGCUUCGGACUACGCUAUAGCUCAGUUCCGUUAUCUGAACAAGCUUCUGUUUGUGCAUGGAGCGUGGAGCUACCAGCGACUUGCAAAGCUAAUCCUUUACUCGUUCUACAAGAAUGUCUGCCUCUAUGUCAUCGAGUUGUGGUUUGCAAUGGAGAAUGGCUUCUCUGGUCAAAUCCUGUUCGACAAGUGGUGCAUUGGUAUCUACAAUGUGAUCUUCACAUCUGUCCCACCCCUAGCGAUUGGCCUGUUUGACCGCACUGUGUCAUCAGAGAGUAUGCUCAAGUAUCCCAAGUUGUACAAGACCUCACAGAACGCAGAGAUUUAUAACACAAAGGUGUUCUGGUUGUGGAUCAUGACGUCUGUCUACCACUCGUUGUUGCUGUUCUACCUACCAUUUGGCAUGCUCAAGCAUGAGGUGCCUUACUCGAACGGUCUGGUGGUUGGCCAGUGGCACCUUGGCAAUGUCGUCUACACGCUCGUCGUGAUCACGGUAUGCCUCAAGGCCGGCAUGGAGCUGGAUGCCUGGAAUUGGGUUUGCCACUUGUCCAUCUGGGGAUCUAUCGCGAGCUGGUUCAUCUUCCUUUUGAUCUACUGCCUCCCAGGAAUGGCUUUUAUCAUCGCACCAGACAUGAUCGGACAGGACACGCAGCUGUACUCAUCAGGAGUGUUUUGGAUGUCCGUAUUCAUCGUGCCCGUCAUCACGCUGAUGGCAGACUAUCUCUACAGACUCAUCAAGAGGACGUUCUUUAAGACGCUAACCGAGGAGAUACAAGAGGUCGAAGUCAUGCAUGGUGAUCCAGGUGCUCUUAUCCCCACGGACCACCCUCUUCACGCCAAAAUGCGCAGCCGUGCCGACGCAUUCAAAGAGAAAGAAGGCGAACAGUCAGCACUUGGCUUCGCCUUCUCCCAAGAGGAGUCUGGACGCGUUGGUCAAGCGGAGCUGAUCAGGCGAUACGACACGACCCUCAAGAAGCCUCGUGGCGAUUGACUAGACGUCAUCCCGUCACUCAAGAGGGACGCCAUAGCUGCGGUUUACGUCUAACCGCCACACCAAUCUCGCCGCCGUGCCAUGCACGUGCCACUGUUUUGUUACGCUUAAAGCCGCAUUGUCACCAGUUUACUUCCGGUCGAUUACGUAGCAAUCUCCGAUGAUUUUUAAC